AAAAUGUAGGUUGUUGUGAUUGCCCCAAAUAAGGUUUAAAUAGGCAUUUAAAAUUAAAAAUUGGAUAUCUUCGAUGAUGGUAUUCAACUCUAAAAGGCUGGAGGUAUAAAGAAGAUAUAGGCUAUACGGGUUUUCUUUAGUGAAAAAUAGUAAUGUGUUGCAUUCUAUAUUUUAGUAUACGUGGAUUCGAAAUAUUUUACAAAUUAGGUGCUGGAGAUCUUUUGAAAGCAGGUCAUAAUGUCCCAAAAUCAAAGAAGGAACUAUAGAAUACAAUAUUAGAAAUAGGGCCUGACGAUUACGUAAGUGAAAUAUUUGGUGCAUACUAAUCUGCCAAAAAGAACAGGAUUAUAAAUAUUACGUUUGUAACCUAUCGAGGGAAGGCUUUGUCAUUCGGUGGUAAGGGUGACAAGUCAUUUGGAUUUUGUUUCCCAGGAUUUACAUUUGGAGCAUUCAAAGGAGGGUAAAAUAAGUUAGUAAAGUAAUAGUUAAAAGAAAUGUGUAGAGUGGUUGGAGAUCGAUGUGCUACCCUUACCAGAAGAUUUCAAAUUGGAGAUGCAAAAAUUAGGAAUACUUAGAAUUCAAAGGAUUAGUGAAUAAUAACCUGAAAGAACUUAAAGUAAUCUUAACAAUUCUACAAACAAUGCUGGAUAAGGUGCAAUUAUAGGUGUUCCAAAGCUAUAGAUAGCUAAGCCUAUGAUUGCUGUUCCUGCAAUUGUAGUACCUUAAGUAAAUUAAUAAUAAAAUAUAAAUUUAUAAUAAUAACAGCCUUAAUAAAGUAAUCCAUUUUAAUAAUAAUAUUAAUAAUAGUAUCCUUAAUAUCCAUAACAAUAAUAAUAAUAUCCUUAAUAUUCAUAAUAGUAAUCAAUUCCAAAUCAAUAAAACCCUUAUGCUUUAUUUAAUCAAUAGCCAUAAUCCUAGAAUCCAUACAGUAGUAAUAGUUAUCCAAAAUUUAGUUGA